AUGUCUCCCGGAAAGAUUUCUACCAUCAAGUGGGAUGAGUUCGCUAACUGGAUCGAUGGAAAGCCAAGAGGCAGCAAGGACCAUCACUAUGGCAUUGAUCCAUGCACUGGCGAGAAGCUCUGGCCUGUGCCAAUUGGUGGCCAGAAAGACGUCGAUGAUGCUGUAGCAUCCGCGAAGAGGGCAUUUGAGACGUACAAGAACACAACUCUUGCUGAGAGGAAAGAGCUCCUCCAGAAGUUCAAGAAUGCUCUCCUUGCACACGCCGAAGAGAUGACUGAGUUGCUCUGCGCCGAGACUGGCAAGCCGAUGGAGACUUACGGUGUUGCUGGCUGGUUCGACCACCACUGCUCUCUCGAUAUCCCAGAGGAGGUCUUUGAGGACGACGAGAAGACCAUCACCACUCGAUACACUCCUCUCGGUGUUGUUGGUGCCAUUUGCCCAUGGAACUUCCCAAUCAUUCUCUCAGCCGGCAAGAUCGUGCCAGCUCUUCUGACCGGCAACACCAUCAUCGUCAAGCCAUCUCCAUUCACCCCAUACACCACCCUCAAGCUCGUCGAGAUCGCCCAAGACAUCUUCCCACCCGGCGUCGUCCAAGCCAUCGGCGGUGACGACUACCUCGGACCAAUGCUCACCGCCAGCCCAGACAUUGCCAAGAUCUCCUUCACCGGCUCCAUCGCAACCGGCAAGAAAAUCAUGGCCGCCUGCGCCAACACCCUCAAGCGCGUCACCCUCGAGCUCGGCGGCAACGACGCCUCCAUCGUCCUCCCCGACGUCGACAUCAAAAAGGUCGCCCCCGAACUCGUCAUGGGCGCCUUCCAAAACUCCGGCCAAGUCUGCGUCGCCACAAAGCGCAUCUACAUCCACCAAGACAUCUACACCGAGAUGGUCCAAGAGAUGGUCAACUUCACCAAAACCUUGACAGUCGGCGCCCCAUCCGAAGGAGCAUUCCUCGGCCCCGUGCAGAACAAAAUGCAAUACGAAAAAGUCUUGUCCUACUUCCAAGACACGAAAGAGCACGGGUACAAAUUCGCCGUGGGUCCCGAAGAAAUCACGCCGUCCAAGGGUUUCUUCGUGCAACCGACUAUCAUCGAUAACCCGCCCAACGACAGCAAGAUUAUUCAAGAAGAACCUUUUGGACCGAUUGUUCCGACCCAGCCUUGGGAGGAUGAGGAGGAAGUCAUCCGUCGGGCGAAUGCUAGCAAUGCUGGGUUGGGAGCUUGUGUUUGGGGGAAGGAUGUUAAGCGUGCGGAGGCUAUUGGCAAGAGACUUGAGGCUGGAUCUGUGUUUGUGAAUUCUUGGGAGAAGCCGACGCCUCAGGCGUUCUUUGGUGGACAUAAGGAGUCGGGUAUCGGUGGGGAGUGGGGUAAGGAGGGUCUCAAGGCUUAUUGCAAUGCUCAUGUCAUGCAUUCGUACAAGAUCUAG